UUAGUCAAAAUGGCAGAAACCCCUGAGUACAUGGUGAUUGACGAUGAUUACAAAGGACAUCCCCUGAAUUUGUUUUGUAUACCAAAACAUUAUGAGAACUCGUUAGAUCAUGUCCUGAUUCCCUCUGGAUUGGUCAAUGACAGGAUCGAGAAACUGGCAAAAGACAUUGUGCAAGAGUUUGGAACCGUACCCGUCACAGCAUUAUGUGUACUGAAGGGAGGUUACAAGUUUUUUGCUGACCUCUUAGAUAAACUCAAGCAGAUGAAUCAGACCAUGGAAGAGUCUGUCCCACUUUCUAUAGACUUUAUACGAUUGAAGAGCUACAUGAAUGAUUCCUCAACGGGUUCUGUGGAAGUGAUUGGUGGUGACAACUUGAAUGGUCUCGAAGGAAAGAAUGUCCUUGUUGUGGAGGACAUCAUUGAUACAGGGAACACAAUGACUCAUCUACUCAAGCUCUUGAAGGAACAUAAUCCAAAGAAGAUCAAAGUAGCAAGCUUAUUAGUGAAGAGGACACCUUUGAGCGUCGGCUACAAACCAGAUUUCACUGGUUUUGAAGUGCCAGAUUGCUUUGUGGUUGGUUAUGCCCUCGAUUACAAUGAGUAUUUUAGAGAUCUGAGUCACAUCUGCGUGAUAAACGAAGCCGGCAAGAAAAAGUAUUCUGUCAGGUCCUGAGCAGCCCACCAUCACAAGCUAAAUGCAUUAGCUGACUUGAAAUCUCACCAUCUAAAUUUGUAAUUUAAUUUUAUGAGCCGUCAUCUUGUCUCUGUAAUGGCAGAAAAUCAGCACUCAAUGCCCUUGUUAUCAUCAACCAAGCUUAAAACAAUGAGCUAGACAUCAGUUGUCGUGCAAGUCCUCUAAACCCAAAUUGGUUGCAUAUUGUUCCAAAUUUAGCCCUUAUUAUUCCUGAUAGAUUUGACGGGACCAAUAUGAAAUGUUAAUUUUAUCGUUCUUAGCACCCUCCAAAAUGUUUAUCGUUGAGCAUGCGUAGGAAUGUGUCCAGUUGCAAGUGGCAGUUUAAGUCUGUUGUACCAAUGUAAAUGAAGCCUUACCUGGCAGAAUUCCUCCAUGAUUUCACAAAGUGGCCAAUCAGCAAAUUUUUCAUUUUGAGAAAACUCCACUCAGAGGUGAUGUUUAGUUUGAAUGACUCUGGAUUUGACGCACUGGAUGCACUUUGUGAAAUCAUCGACGUAUUUUGAUGCGCGUUAUUUUAGAGAGUGUUUUCUUCAUCAUUUUCAAAUUGCACCUACACAUCUUGGAAUGUUGAUGUCGGCCAGCCUUUGGAUUUCAACUUGACAAUCCAGUGAAUGGUGUCGGCCCGACAUCUACAUGUAAUCUGCAAGCAUCUACAGGUUGUCAAAGUGGCGUUAAAGGACCUUUUGUAUUCGUAAGGACAAUAUAUUACCCAGCAGUUGGCUGCCCAGUCACCUCCCACUAAGUAGUUUCCAUCAAUGAAUUGCACAAAAAAAAUAUUCUAAAUCUGACUGAAUUAUCACGCUUUUUUGAUGUUGACUCCGAUUUUACCCGAGUUAGCUCUCAGUGCGUCGCUCCUUUCCAUGUGGAACGAUGCACUAGUUAGGUGCUUCCUGGAGCCAUGAAUCUUGCCUGUGACGUCUUGGUGUAGAUAACGAUUUUUUCAAUGCCACGCUGAUGGCGCUUGAUUAGCCCGCUACUGCAACAAUAUUGGUAAUGACAUUGCAUCGUAAUAGCAGGGUGAUGUGAACUCGGAACUCGGCGUGCACUGGUCUUUCACGCCAGGAUUGGUGCGUACUAAAAAUAACAAAUAAUGCGUUUUUCUACUAUCUAAAAGCUAAAAAAAAUUGGAAAAGCAUCAAACUCGUUCCAAAAAAUAAUUUUCUGGUAAACCAGAAGAAGAACAAACAAAGGCCCACUGCAGUAAAAAGCAGCCCAUUCCUUUAACACAGAUUUUAGGUGAUUUUGGCUGCAGAAAACACAGAACAUUCUAACUUUUCAGGAGAAAAAACACGAAAUUGUGUAAAAGACUGAAUUUUGAAACUUUUUAACUUGUUUUUCUCUAUCAUUCCUUAAUUACCCUAACUGGAGAUAUUGGACUGAUAUUUUCACAUAAAAAGAAGAGUUAACAGGGUGCAUUCCCCAUACAAGAAUCCGGAUUUAGUGCUGCCAUUGUGGUUAGUAAUUGCCAGUAAGUCUAAUGAAUAAGCACUGCUCUCAUUGAGACUAGUUUUUCUUACAGGGUAUUUGCAAUAUUUUGAAACUUUUCUGUGAAGAGCAAUGGUUUUUUUUCUAGUCGACAAUCUAAGGAACAAGAUGGAACUGAUGUAAAAUUAAUGCUAACGAACCGGAUUCUUGGAUGCACCCUGUCAAUUGUGAAGUGCUAGCACUUCACUUCCAACAUGUUUAAAAACAUGUUGGAGUGACCAUAGGUUGUGUAUUCGAAAAUAUCUGGAUUUAGAAUGAGCUGCAAUUUCAAGUGUAAAUGCACUAUGCACAAACAAAGCUUCGAUUUUAAUUCAGCAGUUAUGGGUUGGUGAAAAAUGUGGAGGUUGUCAAAAAGCAUUUUAAGACAACAGUUUUUGUUGUUUAAUUCAAUAUAUCUUAGAAUAGAAAUUGAUACCUCUGUCGGUAUUGAUUGUCUCACCAAAACAGCUUGGUUGGAAAUGUUGGCCAAAACCUCGACUCAGUCUAUGUUUUAGAUUCAGUAGGGACAUGAACAGCUCAUAUGUCGGAACUGAUGAUACAAGAUAACAUAAGAUGCAAGCCGCGUCCUAUUACUUAGUAGGCUAUGCCUACCUGUAUUCAUUAACCAAUCAUAGUAUAGUUUACUGUAACCUUGUGAUAUGCAUGUGUUUGUUGUUUUGUCUUGUCUGUACUGCCGUAGCAUUCCUUCAGGUUGUCGAGGGCGAUAUCGUAGUUGGCGUCCGUGAGUUGAAGGCCUUCUAUGGCCAGCUUCGGCUCACCUUUUAACUGUCCUCGGAGAUACUGCAUCUUUUCUACUUUACUUAGGUUGACGUUAUUGUCUAUUGCAGCCUUGAAAGAGUCAAAGAACGUGUUCCAUUCCACGAUACUACCGCUGAAUGUGGGCAGUAGCAGUUUCGGUAGUCUUACAUUUGAUUUCGUUGUGGCGGGAGAAGUACUUGCGGUUGUUUCCACUGGUUCAUCGCUCGCUUUAGGGGGUGCGGUUAGUGCUUCUUGAAGCCGUUUGAUUGCUCUAAGGUAGAACGCGUACUUUUCUUGGAUCUUGGAUGAAUAAUCCUCAUGUUCCGUUACCACUUUCUCGAGAGUGUCAUCCUUGGUUAGGGCUUCUUUUUCGGUAUCGAUACGUAGGACUUCUUUCAACUUAUUGGGCAAUAAGCUGGCCUUUGCGAAUGCCAAGUCGAUCUUUUCGGUCACACGUGUUUCCGCGAGUAGUGUUCACUUUGAUCUCUUCACAUAGUUCCUCUAUCAUUUUCAUAAUGGCAGCUCGUUUGCCACCUCUUUCUUGUAUGUAGCGUUUUACUUUUUCUUCGUCAGUCAUCUUGGAAUUUGCGUUGAGGGAUCCUGGUCACUUGCAACAAUGUCGUGUCAUGCGGGGAGGUCUUACUUGAGUUGAUGGCGAACUGAACGCAUUGAGUGUCUAACUAUAACUAACUUUAUUACAAAACAACAAAGACAUGCAUAUCACAAGGUUACAUACAGUAAACUAUACUAUGAUUGGUUAAUGAAUACAGGUAGGCGGAGCCUACUAAGUAGCAGGAUGCGGCUUGCAUCUUAUGUUAUCUUGUAUCAUCAGUUCCGACAUCAUAUUCAAUUACGGGUGUACAUUUCAAAUAUUUUAUGAACUACCUACAUAUAAGUCUUUAAAACCAAGUUAGUUAUUUUGUGAUGUCAUUCCUCCACAAUUAUCGAGAUAUUCAUUCAUGUACUUGUGCUAUGUUGUCUCUGGGCUUGAAUAAAAAUGAUCAGCAGGGAGACUAUCGUUUUCUUAAUU